AUGUCCACCCCAACCGUAAAGCGUGCGUGCCCGUACGCAUUUGAAUCAGUCGACAUCCCUCCAGAGAAGCGAGUUCGCAUCCAAGCUAACUUAUCGCACGACAGGCCAACCCGACCACGAAGAGCCGUUGCCUCCUACCAGUCGAGAGACGCCACCCUGCCGAGCACACCAUCCCCGUCGACCACGCCAUCCCCAUCACUUUGCUUACCAGGACCAACUUCUACAACGACGCGUGUGCUGAGAUCUGCGACUAAAUCCACACAUCCGGUCAAAGAAACCUGCAGUGCAAAGCGUGCGCGAUCGCCCGAGAACGAAUCCCUCGAGCGUCCUCUCACGAAGCGAGCUCGUACCCAUGCACGACUCUGGGUACCUACGCUAGUAGCACCAGUACAGUCUCGAGGAGGCACUUCUUCUACGCCGACGUCAUCGUCGACACAUCCGACAAAGUCGACUCGCAUUGCGAAGCCACAGCGCUUACCGGCCGCUGCGGACGCAUCCAAAUCAUCUCGGUUGAUAAAGACAAUACCGCCCAGAGAGAUACCUCCACCAUUCAAAGCGCCAUCCGCCAACCUACGAUCACUGUCUCGAAGCUCGCCCCCAUCUUCGGGUGGCCGUACGAUACACUCCACCGCCACCAAGCGCCCACGCCCAUACACAUCCGAGUUACUCGACGGUCGUCCAACGAAGCAAGUCCGCUUGGAAGCUAGCUUGUCACAGAGCGAACCACACCCGCCGGGGAGAACCAUCACAUCCUACCAAUUGAGAUCGAAUACACCGUCCCCAUCAACCGCUACAUCCAAAUUUCUACGCUCACCGGAGCCAUCUUCUACGACGACACGCGUCCUAAGAUCUGCGACCAAAUCUACCCAUCCGACGAAAGAUACCUCCAACGCAAAACGCGCGACCCUGGCUACCUACACUGGCAGCGCCCCUGCAAUCUCAAAAAUCUACUUCAUCCAUGUCACCCUCAUCGACACUCCCGGCGAAGUCAACUCGUACUGCAAAAUCAAAGCGCUCACUGACAUCCAUGCACACAUCCAAACCAGCUCACAAACACCGCCAUCCAAAGCACCUUCCACCGCCCUACCAUCACUGUCUCAAGACUCGCCUCCAUCCUCGGGUGAUUGUAUGGUGCGCCCCACCGAAGACCGUGUCACUCCAAUUCAACCCGGUCUCCAGCGUCGUCAUAGGAAUGUUUUCAAUCUCCUUUGUAGCGGCAGCCUCGGGAUCCUCCGCUAUUUUGGUCUCCAUGAACUUAUUAUGGCAUUAGGACUAUGGCCCGGGAGCAGGAACGAGCUCUUUGACUUUCAUUUCAAACAUCAAGAGCUAUACGACAUUUACUUGAGGGCUUCAGAGAAGGGUGACUUAUACGAGCUUUGCACCUAUCCCGCACUUCAAAACCCAGUUGAUCCUAUCAUUGAACGUGUCUCUUCGGAAUGUGACAGCCUGUUUCAACACAUCCGAAACGGUAAUCUCCCGUCUGCCUCUUUUUCGACACAUCCAGAUGCUGCUCCGCAACACCUCGGCAACUUGGAUGACCUGGACACUGCGGAGGCACUCAAGCGUGCAGACCAAAUCUUCUCUUCUCAGAGAGCCUUCGUUACAGCGACUUCGUCUGCGAAAAGCCGAUUGCUCGCCCAGGAUCUUCUCCAACAUUGGGGAUUUUACUUCUCAUUUACCUCUGUUGCGACAUGCCCAGUCUCGAAAGACCUUGAGCUUGCGGCCAAGAUGCUUGACAUGAGGCUCACAACGUCGCAGCCUGGCGACGACAAAGCGACCAUCGCGCAGGAGUGCUUUUAUGCCCUCUACCUCGCCCGUGUUAUCGUUUUCUCUGAGUUCCUCGACAGUCUUCCUGAUGAUCUCAGCGAAGAGCAAGCCCGGAAGGAGUGGCUGUAUUUCCAGCUUGCGCCUCCUCGUGCAUCCGGUGACUCGGAGGACGACGUUUUUGCUACCGUCUUUCGAGCGAUCUCGACUAGCGACCCGGAGGAUAUCCGGAAGAGUGCGAAGGGCCGAAUGAUUUCCGCACCGUGGAAACACUACAAAUGGUUUCCAAAGUCAAUCAUUGUCUUUCAGAAGCAGGGGGAUCCUUUACCUCUGUUGGAUGAGCGUACCGACCCGCCGUUGCAUCUCAUCAUUGACGAAAUCACACCGCCUGGUGCUGAAUCCUCCGAGGCUUACGCGAGUCGUCGCGCACGUCGCUUCCGGGAGUUGGUCUAUGCGCUUUUCUGGCCGGAGGCCAUCGCAUAACGGACAUGCGAUCACGAAAUUGAUCAUGACCGCUCACUUGAAUUAUUUGCUUCUCUCGCCGAUUUUUGUCCCGUCCAAUUAUGUGCAUUAUCAAAUUUUCGAUUGUAUAAGUUUUCCCCAUAGUAUUCAGUUGACAGUGUUAUACUUAUUUUACUAUCUUUCACGCUCAUGUAUUGCUUUCUAUUCCUGUAUGACUACACUCAUGUAUUUAUUGCUAUUCCUGUAUGUCUACAUCCAUGUAGUACGCCACAGUCAUGUAUUGUUCGUUAUUCCUGUACAAGUACACUAGCCGCCACAGCAAGACAUUUGUCUUCCUGCAGCCAACACGUCAGAACUCCUAAGCGGAAAACUGUCGUUAUUGGUGUCGCUUUCCUUCUCCUGUCUACUCUCUGCAUAUAUUUACCUUCCUUGUUCUCAC